UCUUCUUCUUCUUCUUCUUCUUCUUCUUCUUCUUCUUCUUCUCUUCACCUGCCACGCCGGCAGGCUCCUCCUUCACUCACCGCCUCGCCAAACCUGGGUAAUUCUCCGAUUCCUGCUCUGUGUCUAGUAGCUCUUCGGGAUUGCAGCUCGAAGCCGUGUCUUCCCUUAAAUGGUUUCGCUCGAAACAUACACCAGAUUUACCUUCUCGGGCUUCGUGUUAGAAAAGCAGUCGCCUGCUUUUGAAGUUGGGUUGUUCGAAUUCGUAAAUCUAUUGGUGUGAAGUUUUGGUCAAAAAGCGUCUGCUUUGCUUGAGGACUUGGUGGGUUAUAUUCUUUCCACUACUGUCUUUGUUUAAAGGGAUGCCGAUGGACCAUAGUUUCUCUGAAGUCCACAUGGGAUUUAGUCUGCCCUGUUUCCAGAUUCAAAAUUUGUUGCAAUUUCAAAACCCUAGCCUUUGUUCUAUCUAGUGUGUGUAUAUAGUUGGUGGCGGCGGCGUUAUUGUUGCUGUAGACCUGUAGACAUUCCUAUAUUUCUUUCUUUUUCUCAAGACCUCAAGUUCGGGCUUUGCUGAAAGCUGCGUAGUUACUUGUUUGGAUAAUUGGACUCUGUAACAAGGAAAUGAUUGGAAAACUUGGCCCCAAUUUUUAGGUUUUCAAAGCUCCAUACUUGCCGUUUCAAGUAUUUGUCGUUGUUGUUGUGGAAGCGAUAUAUGUUCUCUCUUCUCCGGGAGGAAGAGAGUCAUUUGAAGUCGAAGAGGCAGAGAUCAAGUGAUGAUAUUGAUUUCUACGGUGAAAAGAGCCCCCUCAAAGAUUCGAGCAUGAGUCAAUCCUCUUCGCGAAGCGAUUACUACAAACCCGAUGGUGCAAGGAAGCGGUUGGUGCCAGCUUCAUCUCCCUCCAGCAGUUGUGAUCGGGAUAAAUCUGUUGAUGCUGAUGGUCGAGACAGCUUGAGGUUGGUGCGCAAGCGUACAGAUUAUGAUUUUGAUAGCUUCGAUAGGAGGAAAGGAUUGGGCUCUGGGUUUGAUAGGUAUGCUGGUAGAGAAGGUUACAACAGUGGAGGAGGUGGUAGCAGUAGUGGUGGAGUUAGUGCUGAUCGAGUCAUUCAUCGAUCUGAGAGUUUCUCAGGGUCGCGGAGGGAGUUCCCUAAAGGAUAUAGGUCGGAGAGGGACCGCUCCAGAAGAGCAGGGAGUGUGUCUUCAUGGAGGAGAUUAGGCAGUGGGAUCAAGGAUUUUGAGGAGGGGAAAGGGAGCAGAACCGGGAAUGAGGAGAGAAUGGCUGCUGCAGCUAGGUUUUCUCCUAAAGGGCUGAGGGAGGUCAAGUCGCCAACUUGGUCCCGGGAUUCAGGUAACAAUCAGUCAAAGAUAUUCAGGGGCAGGGAUAGGGAUGAAGGAAAGGGCAGGUCUUCAACUUCAAAGUCGAGGUCUUCACCUACAUGGUCAAAAGAGUCGGGCAGUGAACAAUCAAAACUUGUGGAGGUGGGGAAGAGGAGUGUUGAAGGUGAGGCAAUACGUCUUGAAGUUAGGACACAGACUGUUGAAAUGGAAGUAAAGAGUAUCCAGAGUCUCAGCAGCAGUGAGAUGGAGGAAGGUGAGCUUGAGCAAGAGCCUGACCAGAAUCAGGAGGUUGUACAUGAAGAUGAGAAUGGUGUUGAAAAGCUUGGAGUAAAAGAGGCUAAGUCUGGCGUGGAGGUUGACACUGGAGUGAAUGAACGAGAGGAUGAAAUGGCCAACACUGAUAAGCCACAUAAAGCUAUCAUGUCUGAGACGAAUGAGGUGGAUAAGUCAGGUAUUGAGAUGUCAAAUUGCGAAAGCAAUGUGAAGAAGGAAAUCAGCCUGUAUGUUAAUGCGCUCAACGAUAGGGUUUCUGUUGGAACUGAGGAGGUCAAGAAUUUGGAGGAGCAGAGUGAAUGCAAGGAGGGGAAUCGUCAAGCUAAGUCCAUGAAGAAAGCUGAUGACUUGGAUGGAAGGAGUACACAGGGGAAUGGAUUCAAUCUAGAGCCUAGCAUGGCAGAAGCUGGUGUACAUGAGUCAAAAAUGGAAGUGGUGGAGGAUAAUGCAGGGGCCGAACUGAAUGCCAAUUUGGUCACACAGAAUUUGGCUCAGAACUUGAAGGGUAAAGGUAAGAGUGUGGUUGUUUCACCUGACCGUGUGACUACUGCUCCUUGGACAGAAACAGAACCAAGAGGUGCCCCUUCUUCUGGGGGUAGGGAUGAUGAUUUGGGGGAACCAAGUAUUCGGGGCUUUGAGCUGUUCGGUAGCUCUCCUAUUCGGAGAGUGGGGAAAGAAGAGCAUUCUGGUGCUAGCAAACAGAAAGACGAAAGGCUAGUUUUAGAGCCACUCGAUCUCUCUCUCAGCUUGCCUAAUGUAUUGUUACCAAUUGGUGCUCCCAAAGAUACUACGCAAGCCCCUGGCUCUCCAAGCCAGGCAAGAAGUUUUCAGUCUUUCAGCACAUUCCGAACAAACUCUGAUGGGUUUACUGCAUCAAUGUCUUGUUCAGGCUCGCAGUCAUUUUUUCACAACCCAAGCUGUUCGCUAACUCAUAAUUCAUUGGAUCUCGAUAAUUAUGAACAAUCUGUUCACAGUCGCCCCCUAUUUCAGGGGAUUGAUUGGCAGGCCCAGAGUCAAAAUGAUUCAAAGCACAAGGAGACUUCCUUAUACCAGAAAAUUUUGAUGAAUGGAAAUGGAUCGCUACAUCAGAGUGUGCCGAAUGAUCAAGCAGUGAAUGAAAGCUUCAAAACAUCAAAUGAAAAUGGUCUUGGACCACAGAUGAGUCUGCAUAAACAGUUAUCUGGGGUCUCGGCUAGAAACAUUGAUGACACUAGAUGCCAUUCCCAGACCCUUGGUUGUCAAGAUAUGGUCCCUACCUAUAGCCAUGACAAGAAGCAGGCAGCGAGGGAGAAGCAUUCCAGUAGCCUGUACAGGAGUAAUAGUCAGCAAGAAGAGCGGUUUCUGAUAGGUGGUGCUGAUUUUGUGGAGACUGUCAUCAGCAGGAUAGUGUCUGAUCCCAUCCAUGUUAUGGCUAGAAAGUUCCAUGAAAUGACAGCACAGUCUGCAUCAUGUUUGAAGGAGAGCAUCUGUGAGAUCAUGCUUAAUGCUGAAAGGCAGGGUCAGUUAUGUGCAUUUCAGACCGCUCUCCACAACAGGUCAGACUUGACACUGGAUACCCUAUUAAAGUCCCAUAAGGCACAGCUGGAGAUCCUGGUUGCUUUGAGAACUGGACUGGUGGAAUAUCUUAAAGUGGACAAUGGUAUUGUUUCAUCCUCUGACUUGGCCGAGGUUUUCUUUAACCUAAGAUGCCGAAAUCUCACUUGUAGGAGUUCUUUGCCUGUAGACGAGUGUGACUGCAAAGUUUGUUCAAAGAAGAAUGGGUUUUGCAGCACGUGCAUGUGUCUGGUAUGCUCAAAGUUUGACAUGGCAUCCAAUACUUGUAGCUGGGUGGGUUGUGACGUUUGUCUUCAUUGGUGUCAUACUGACUGUGCAUUGCGGGAGUCUUGCAUUAGAAAUGGAAGGAGCCCAACAAUUGGGGAAGCUCAGGGGGAUACUACUGAGAUGCAGUUCCACUGUGUUGCUUGUGAUCAUCCCUCCGAGAUGUUUGGUUUUGUGAAGGAGGUUUUUCAGAACUUUGCCAAAGAAUGGACAGCAGAAACAUUGUGCAAGGAACUCGAGUAUGUGAAAAGAAUUUUUCGUCGUAGCAAGGAUGUGAGAGGGAGACAGUUGCAUGAGAUUGCUGAUCAGAUGCUGGGAAAAAUGGCAAACAAAUCUAACCUUAGACAAGUUUAUAACUACAUCUUAGCCUUCCUAACUGAUGGUGAUUCUUCCAAGUUUGCAAGUGCUGCUGUUUAUACAACGACUAGUAAGGAACGAGGAAACGGUAGUAUUAGCGCUGGGCCUAAUCAGGAUGGCCAUUGGCGAAAGUCUACUACUUUGGAGAAAGGUCCUAAACUGGAGAGAUCCUCUAGUCUUCUGCUUCCUACUACCUUCCCUAGUGAUUUGAAUGAUAAACGCCCACUUGAGUCUUCUGAGUUGCGUAGUAGUAGCCUGAAGGAGCCAGUUUUUGAUGAGCUGGAAGGCAUAGUGAGAAUCAAACUAGCAGAAGCACAAAUGUUCCAAGCAAGAGCAGACGAUGCAAGAAGAGAAGCUGAGGGCUUGAAACGGAUCGCUACUGCAAAGAAGGAAAAGAUUGAAGAGGAGUACGCAAGUAGGAUUGCCAAACUGCGGGUAAUCGAGACUGAAGAAUUGCGGAAGCAGAAGGUCGAUGAAUGGGAGGCCCUAGAAAGAGCUCACAGGGAGUAUUUUGGCAUGAAGGUGAGGAUGGAAGCGGAUAUCAAGGACCUUUUGUUGAAAAUGGAAGCUACCAAACGGAACCUCGCCAUGUGAUGUGAUGAAGGAAGCAGCAGAGUGUUUGCAGCCAAGUUUUGCAGUAUCAAUAAUCACAGGUAAAGUGAAGCAAGGCAAGCACUGUUUAGAGAUGGAUGAGCAUGGCUCUGUCGGAAUUGUGUUGCAUGUUGACACACCAAGUGGACUGCAGUAGCUAGCUUUAAUUUGAAGAUGUAGCAGGUAUAUUAUUUUUCUUUGACAAUUUUCUAGUCUUCUUGUUGUUCCUACCCCACUCCCUCCUAACUGUAACCUGUACAGAAUCUGCAAUUUAUCUCUGCUCUGCUAUGCAGAAUAGCAUUGAAUGAAUCGGAUGAAAGCAGCUCGUUCAAAAGGGGAACAAGUGAAACAUAGAAGCAACCUUUUCCUGUUCUUUUGUUUCCAUUUUACGUCAAGUUCAAUGUGAUCUCUCAAUAGGGUACUUCACAUCUCAGCGCUUCCAAAAACCUCAUUGUUUGCUUUUCCCAUUGCUGUGAGGAGGGAAGGAGGCUGUUGUCGUUCAUGAAAUGGUUCUCUUCAGGCACUGACUCUGCUUUUCACUUCAUUAGUCUCCAUUGAAACCACAUCUGUUUCAGGUUUGAACAGUUUUCUUCAUUUCCGCACUUGAACAGGGAAAAGACCAAAUCCCUG